CUAAAAACAGUUUCUAGCUAAGACAUGCAUGUGCACAAUUAUUGUGUGACGACAUCGAUGCGGGGGCGUAACCUCAGCGGGCGUUGCUCUCUAGGUAUUUUACGCACACUGGGACGACAUGAGUCACGACUUUUCGCAUCCUGCAGCUACGAAUUCUAGUGGGGCUUGUCUCCCUUCAUCUCUCGCACUUGAGAAUAUUUCUUGUCCGAUUACGGAUAUUCGCAAUGCAACAGAUUUUGCUUUCGUUCUCAUUUGUGCCUUUUUGAUCUUUUUUAUGAAAGCUGGAUUUAUCAUGUUGGAGUACGGGGCGUGCAACUUGGGGCCAGUUGGUCAGCGUCUGUUGCUUCGAAUGAAAGUUGUGGAUACCGUUCUCGGAGCACUGACGUUUUGGCUUGUCGGCUACAGCAUCGCCUUUGAACCAAAGGAUUUUAGUUUCAAUAGUGCGCAGUUCAAAGACUUAGAAAGUGAUUCACAUCAUAUAGAAGAAGCACAUGCUGCUGCACUAUGGGAAUUUCAUUUUGCGUUUGCUGCGAAUGCAGCGACGGUCGUGACAGGCGCCGUGGUUGGACGUGUGCAGUUGGUCGGUUACUUUGUUGGAACCAUUGUUAUUACAGGUUUUGUGCAUCCAUUUGCGGCACAAUGGGUGUGGCACGAAGACGGUUGGUUGACGUCAUAUAAGCUGACAAAACAAAAUCCAGGAAUAUGGGGAACAAAUGGGUUCAUUGAUUUUGCAGGUGCUGUAGUUAUUCACAUGCUGGGAGCUGUUGCUGCUUUGGUCUGUGUUGUCUUUACUGGAAAAUCAAAGCGAUCUGCAAAGAAGUCUGAUGAAUAUGUUGCCAGCUUGGGUGUGAUGAUUCUUUGGUUCUCGUGGUAUGGCUUUUGUUGUGGUGCUGCUGAUGGCAUGUCACAAUUUCGAUAUAUAGUGGUGACUCACAUAGCUCUUGUUGUCACCCUAACGAUUGCAUCAGCUGGACUUACUAUGUUCAUUAUGCAAGCAAUACGUCAACUGAGAAAAGCACACAAUGUUCCUCAUUGGGAUAGGGGUAAACGUGCCAUGGCUAGCACUGAACGUCGUUUGCCACGUCAGGAAAUGAUUGCACAAAUUAAGCUGUUGAGAAACUCUGUAAAAGUAGCCGUUCAGAUAUCUAAACAAGCACUGAUCAUGAUUGAUCGUCUUUCCCUCAGUGAUGAGAAAGACAAAGAAUGGGCCAAAGAACUCAAAGAACUUCGUUUAGAACUGAAGAAAGUGUGGCAUACUGGAAAUGCCGAACUGAUUGAUGAGAAGGCUGAAGAAUUAUUAAAGCGAAUGUCGAUGGGUAAUUUACCACCAAUGCAAGACGAUGUGAAAAGGCUUCCCCCAGACAUAAGGAAGAAGAAAUUUCAGGAGAGAUAUAGUACUCAGGCGUGUUUUCAGUCAGCAAUAUUUAAACAAAGACCCAGCUUUCUGUUUGCUGGGAGUUUUACAGAAGCUGAUGGGCAGUCUCGUCAAAGAGGAGAUGUUCCAUUUGUUGAAUGGACAGAUGCAGAUGAUGAAUUGGUGAUUAAAUUAUGUGGGAUGAGGAAUCGGCACCCUCUUGGACAUCACUUUACUGAGCACGGGGAACACCAUGAAUUGCACCCAUCACUUUAUGAGAUGAUUAUUUUAACAAUUGUUUUUGCUGCAUCAUUGCCUGCUCUUUUACCUAUCUUGGUAUUCUUGCUAGCAAUGGCUUAUGUGGGGCCUGUGGACCACAAAGAUGAGGAAAUAGAAAAGCUGAAAUUGGAACAUGAACAUGAAAUAACACCUGAUGCUGAUCCACAAUAUGUCAACAGUGACUUAGUGGAUUGGUAUCUUGUACAACGUGAAAAGAAGAAAUUUAACUUGCUGACUGAUCAAGAGGAAAUACAACUGGAAAAUUUAGGUUUUCAAUGGUACCCAAGGAUAGAUGACUUUAAUAUUUUGGAAGUAUUACAUGCUAUGCUUGUUGGCCUUGUUGCUAUAACAGCCUGUGGUAAUGUGAUACCAUCUUACAUGGCUGUUGUUAUUGGUGCCUUCAGCAUUUUCUUCUAUGAGCUUGGUGUAAUUAUUGAGCAGCUGUUUCAUCUUAGUGAUGCACUUCAUGCCUUCCCGGUACAUGGAAUGGGUGGGGUUUGUGGAGCUAUAUUUGCAAGUUUUAGUUUCAUACACAACAGGGAUGGACGUUUUGAAUUGUUUUAUCAGCACCCAUAUCUUGGGGAGCCAUACCGGCAGUGGCUUGUUCAAUAUCUGGGACUUAUUACUGUUUCACUGUGGGUAAUUGGAGCUAUGCUUUUGGUCUAUGGUGUUCUGUGGUACUUUGAUCUGCUGGCAAUUGAAAAGGCUCAAUUCAACAAGUGGAGAAUUACCAUGAGACAACAUGACACGAAUGUUUGGGCAAAGUUGACACAUCUUUAUUAUCAUGCUGUCUUUAAAGGCCUGUGUGGUGAGCGUGUGAUACGACAUGAUCGGGAAGAUUCAGGUGCUCUUCCAAUGUCUCUGAUAAGGAGCUAUCCUGGAUCUACGGCAGCGUGUAGAGAAACCCGAACUCCAACACCAGAGAUUCUUGUGGACGCACCUGAUAAUGAACCUGCCUCUGGCAGCAAUGCUAAUACGUUAUAAGAAGGGAUUGUUGUCAGUUGCAGCUAACUGAAUUGAUUGUUUUGUAGUUACACUAAAUUGACUGUUUGUGUUAUGCUACAUUUGUGUAGAUACUAUGAUCUGUUUUGUCCAUUGAACUGCAUGGUUUCAAUCAGCUACUGCAUUACUUUGUAGCCAGUUUCUUUUAGUAAUAUGAUAUCAUGUGAGUCUUUGAAAAUAUGAAACAAUUGUUUGCAUUACAAUGCAACAACGGCCGGCAUAAUCUGAUG